AUGUCCUACCCGCCCAUGCCCUUCGGCUACCCUUCUCCAGCCGCGUCUGGCCCUGACCCUCGAAAAAAGCAGCAGGUCGACGAGCUGCUCGCCCAGGUGCCAAGUUGCCGGCCGCUCAACGUGGACAGGACGUUGCUGGAGCUUCCGGUGCAGACGCGUGAAGGGAGAUUGCUGGCCGUCCAAAUCAGCCUACCACAGCGUUUCCCGGAUGAGCCACCCGUUCUCGUGGUGAAACAGCUGUUUCGACAUCCUGUAAUUGACGGGAAUGGUCGACUGCAGUUGCCAGCGCUGCAGUUCUGGCAUCCCGGACACAGACUGGCAGCCGUCGUCAGGGACGCACAGAGCGCCUUGAUCGGCCAGCCUGCCCCAGCCGGUGAGAUCUGA